CCGGCCAACGAGUUGACACAAAUACAACGCGAUCUGCUGUACGACAACGUGAUUAAGAAGACCCGGAACACGAUCUCGCAGUUCUCGUCGGAGCACCGGGACAUCCACUCGUCGGUGAGCCGUAUCGGGAAAGCCAUCGACAAGAACUUCAUCUGCGAUUACGCGUCCGUUAGCAACGACUCGGUGUUUGAGUCGCCGGCGAACACGAUUAUCUUGAAUCAGGUGAUUGUGGAGCACUUCCUGAGGCAGGGAAUGCUGGACAUCGCCGAACAGCUGACCCGCGAGGCGAAGCUCGACAUACCCGACCACAAGAAGAGGCCGUUCACCGAAUUGAAUACAAUACUCGACUCGUUGAAGGCCAGGGACCUGCAGCCGGCGCUCCAGUGGGCGAUCGUCAACAGGGAUCAGCUGAGGGCCCAGAACUCGGCCUCCAAUCUGGAGUUCAAACUCCAUAGACUGCAGUUCAUUGAGCUGUUGAAGGGAGGGGUGGAGAACCAGAUGGCGCUCAUACAGUACGCGCGGCAGUACUUCCAGCCGUUGGCCGACAAACACGAGCGCGAGAUACAGGCGAUGAUGGGGUCGUUGCUGUACCUGAAGGUGGGGCUCCAGAACUCGCCGUACGCCUACCUCUUGGACAGCCUCUCGUGGAGCGAAAUCUGUGAUAUAUUCACGAGAGACGCGUGCGCUCUGUUAGGACUGAGCGUCGAGUCGCCCCUCGCGGUCACCAUCAACGCCGGCUGUGUGGCCCUACCGGCCCUCCUGAACAUCAAGCAAGUGAUGCAACAGAGACAGGUGACCAACGUGUGGAACACCAGGGAUGAGUUGCCCAUCGAGAUCGACCUGAGCCGCAAGUGUCACUUCCACUCGAUCUUCGCGUGUCCUAUACUCAGACAACAGUCCUCUGAGAAUAACCCGCCCAUGCGUUUGGUGUGCGGACACGUCAUCUCGAGGGACGCCCUCAACAAGCUGUCCAAUGGCACCAAAUUGAAGUGUCCCUACUGUCCCAUUGAACAGAACCCCAAUGACGCA